UACAUUUUGACAGCCAAGGAUCAAGCGAGCAAGUCACAAAAUUUCCCCACUUUUUGGCUCCAAAUUUGUAGCGAAAUGUCUGCCCCAAAGAGAGGCCACAAGCACAGCUGGGCAGCGGGCAAGAAGCUGGUGCUGUGCAGCGGCAUCGCAGCCAUGGACUACGUGUCCAUCGUGCAGGAGUUUCCCGAGCAGCAGGCGCACUGCUCCGCUGGCUACUGGCAGGGCUCUGGCGCUGCCUCCAACAACUGCACGGUGCUGCGGCAGCUGGGCGUUCCCUGCGAGUUCUUUGGCAUGUUGAGCAGCCUGCAGAUGUAUCGCCUGAUCGCGGAGGAUAUGCGCUCGCGUGGCAUCCACAUUGAGCAUUGUCCCAGCUGCGCGCAGGCGCCGCCCUUCUCCUCCGUGAUCCUGGCCAAGUCCACGCGGACGCGGACCCUCCUCAGCUGCAGCAGGCAGUUCCCCCACGCUGCCAUUGAGGACUUUCGGCAGCUGGAUCUCAAGCUCUAUGGCUGGCUGCACAUGGACGGCAGUUGCGUUGAGACCACGCGGGCCAUGAUGCAGCAAGUGGCGGCCUUCAAUGUGGCACGUGAAGACAAGAUCAUUCUCUCGCUGGCGCCAAGCCGCGACCUGGAGCUGAUGUGGCCGCUGCUUGACCUCUGCGAUUAUGUCAUCUGCUCCAGGACACUCGCACUGGAGCAGCACUGGCCCACGCUGCAGUUUGCCUGCGCCCAGGUGGACGAGCAGCUGCGCACGCGCCGCGGCCUCCACCUCAAGCGUCCCACUGUCAUUUUUGCUUGGGGCGACCAGGGCGCUGGCAUCCUGGAGCAGUCGGGCAAGUACACUCUCUCGGCGGCGCACAGGCCACGCAAAGUGGUGGAUGCUCUGGGCGCGGGCGACACCUUCACGGCGGCCUUUAUCUAUGCCAUUUAUGUGAGGGAGCGACCCCUGGCCGUGGCCGUGGACUUUGCCAGUCGCUUGGCCAGCCACAAGUGCACCAAGCGGGGCUUUGAUCAUGUUGCGGACAUCCUCAGGCCGCCGGUGCUUUGAGCGCUUCGAACUGCUUUUUGCUGCUCUUCUUUUUGGCCAUAAAAUACUUUUUCUUUGCGGAGGUUUUCGGGCUCCAUCUGGACCCUUUUCUUGCGUGUUUUGUUUGUUGAAAAGUGAAAUGGCCGCUGUGGAGCUGUCAAUUGAAGUCGCUUUUUCCGGGCAAUGCAAAGUGAAAAUAAUGAAAAUUGUCUCCCAUUUAUCACGUAUGCGCAGCGUGU